AUGGCACUCAUAACGGCUUACUGGGGACUAGAUGGCAUAAUAUUUCUGACCACUCUAAUUAUACCUGCCUAUCUUUAUAUGACACGCAAAUUUAACUACUGGAAAAAACGAGAUGUCUCAGUAGCCCUUCCACCGAUACCAUUUUUGGGCAAUUUCGCAGACCCUCUACUCCUAAAGAAAUCUCCUGGAAAUUUUCUGCAGGAACUUUAUAUUCAAGGAAAGGAAUCUCCUUACAUCGGCUUUUACAUAUUAGACAAACCGGCUCUGUUAAUUCGCGAUCGGCAGCUUGUUAAAAUGGUUUUAGUAAAGGACUUCAAUUACUUCGCUGACCGAUACGCCUCACCUAAUAUAGUAAAUGAUCGUCUGGGUUCUGCCAAUCUCUUUCUUAUGAAAAAUCCAGCCUGGAAAAUUUUGAGAACGAAAUUGACGCCGUUCUUUACGUCUGGCAAGAUGAAGAAAAUAUUCGAACUGAUGCUGGAAUGCGGAAAGGAUCUAGAUACGUAUCUCGAAUCGCUGAAAUUGGGAGAUCAAGGAAAGGAAAUGGACAUAAAGGAGUUAAUCGCUAAAUUCACUACUGACAUAAUCGGCACUGUUGCCUAUAGACUUAACGUGAAUUCGUUGAAUAAUCCAGACGCCGAGUUUCGAAGACAUGACAAAUUAAUUUUUGACUUCAACUUUAUUCACGCUUUGGCGUUCUUGGCAAUGUUUUUUCUUCCACAUAUAAUUAAUAUAACCGGUAUAACAAAAACAUUUGCUAAGGAGAGCUCUAUCUUCCUACGUAAAGUCUUUUGGGAGACGAUCAGUCAACGCGUAAAGUCUGGCGGAAAGAGAAAUUAUCUCAUUGACACCCUUAUUGAACUCAGAAACACUUACGGAGAUCAGGACAUGGGAGGAUUUAGUAAGCAAAGGAUUCAUGAAGCUAAUGCAUAA